AAAUAGAACCUAAACAAGUUGCUGGGGUGUUGUGCAAGCUUUGCAUAUAAGCGAGCGAACAGUUUUGAUUUUUGGUCAUUUUCACGCCUCUUGGCGGACGCCAAGGUCCGAAAAUACAUUCCGCUAGAACAGAGAUUGUUCAAAGGCACCGUACAUUAAGUUUAAGGAUGCUGUCAUUUGCGGAAGGCAGUGUAGACUGGCCUAGAACUUCAAACGGGUUCGAGAGAAAUGUGCCAUUCAGCCAUUUUAGAAGAUCCGUGUCAAUGCCUUCUGAAAGUUCGGCUGACCGUUCCGAGAAUACUUCUCCUGUUGAUGAAAUCAGAUUUGAGGACAUCUUCUGCCAACCACCUGAGAUGCCUCUCAGGAAACUUUCACUCAAAGAGAAGAAAGCAAACAGAAAACUGAGACUGGUGGAAAAACACGAAGAAGUUAUGGAGUUUCAGAAAAGCGUUGUCAGUGAGAGUGAAACUAAAGAUUCAAAGAAGGAGAAGAAAAAGAAGAAGAAGAAGAAAUGGAGUAAAAUGGAAUUGUCUGACCUCGGAUUCAACAUGUCUCUUCUUCCAAGGCCUUCAAAAGCUUCUCAUAUCAAUGAUCAGGAAGUGCACAGCCUCCUUGAAGAAAUUGAUCAAGAGUACUUGGCUAUGGAGGAGAAAAUCACGCCGUUUGAACAUUUACAGAAAUACGAAGGAAAAAGGUUAGAAAAUAAGUAUUUGCGUGAUGACAGAGACAGAAAAGUAAGAAAAGCUCACAAACAGGUGAAGGACAAGUACUGUAAGAAUAUUUUGAAUAAUGAUGGAAGAAAGAAACUUUAUGUCCAUCACAGAGUGAUGAAAACUAUGGAAUUGGAUCCCUACAGAGCACAUCUCCAUUAUCCAAUGCCUCCAAGGAAAAGUGAACCUGAAAAUUCUCGACAGUAUACCGAUACUAACAAUAAUAGGAGCAGGUCUGCCCCUGUGCAGAAUCUUAGCCAUGCUUUACAUAAUGACGCUGUGCCGGAUGACCUGCCAACCGAUUUGAUAUCUCUGCUCAUUUCCCUACAACACCGAGAACUGUCUCCAGAAGAUUAUGAAACUCUUCUGCGAUUGGACGAGUCGGUGGCACCUAAAACUGUGGCAGAAGAUAUCCUUGGGUCUUUCAAAACGGAUAUUGUUGGUGAAGAAAGUGCGGGUGAGAUUUGUGCUGUGUGUAUGGAUCCUUAUGAAAUGGGACAGACCAGGAAAUUUUUACCCUGUGAUCAUGUGUUCCAUGACAAUUGUAUAGACAUGUGGUUGAAGAACUCCUCUAUGAAUUGCCCCCUAGAUGGUCUGCCUGUGGACAGCUGAUGUUACGUGCAGUUUAUAUUAUUAAUCACAUCACUGCUCCACUUCCGUCAACUUGUGUCAAGAUUUCUUACUGUGUCAUGAAUUGGCAGUUCUUUUGACUGUCAUUUUGUUAUUAAAUCAUUUAUAUAUGUA